AUGGGCUUCCAGUGCUCUGGGACUGAAGAUCAUCUGAGGAACUGCAGCUCUCCACAAACUCUCAAAUGCAGCUCCAGACAACAGCUGGCAAUCACCUGCCACAGUCAGAAUUACAAUAUCUUAUCACAUUUUAACUGUAAAUCUGUGGGUGGUGAUAGCACAGUGGAUAAGACACACGUCUUUGGUGUGAGAGACCCAGGUCAGAAGUCCAUUAGGUUGGUGGGUUCUGGUGGAGAUUGUGCAGGAAGGCUGGAGGUUUUUCACAAAGGCUCAUGGGGUACAGUGUGUGAUGACUCCUGGGAUAUUAAAGAUGCUCAUGUGGUGUGCAGACAGCUGCAGUGUGGAGUGGCUCUCAGUAAUCAGCCAGUACCAGCCUGGUUUGGUCCUGGUUCUGGACCCAUAUGGCUGGAUGAUGUGAACUGUGAGGGGAAUGAGACGUCACUGUGGAGCUGCUCUUCACGGGUCUGGGGAGAUCAUGACUGUAAACAUAAGGAGGAUGUAGGAGUUGUGUGCUCAGAGUUUAAAGAGCUCAGGUUAACUGAAGGCUGUAAAGGGAAUGUGGAGGUUUUCUACAAUGGAUCCUGGGGUAAUGUUUGCUACAAUCAGAUGAACAGAGACACAGCGAGUCUGAUCUGUCAAGAGCUGAACUGUGGAAGAUCUGCCAGUGAACCCAUUCAUUCAAAUGGAUUAAGGUCUCAGAAUUGGUUGAAUAAACUUAAAUGUCGACCACAUGACUUCACUUUAUGGCAGUGUCCAUCUUCACCCUGGGGACAGAAUGACUGUGGUCCAAAUAAGGUUGUUAAAAUUACCUGUUCAGUUUCAGAGGAAAAGACCCCUCAGAGUCAUCUGUCAUGCUCUACCUCCGCAUCUCCUUACCAGAGACAAUGUUCAAGUAUGUUUAUAUGA